AUGUUACAAUUAAUGAAAACUUUUGUUCGCUUUUAGUAGAGAAGCAAUAUAAUUUUAAUCAAUGCUAUUAUCUUAUUUGCUAUACUGCUCGAAAUAACAAGUAGAAAAAUAGUUUAUUCGAAAUUAUCAGGUGCCUUCACAUAUUCAGAUGUUGGUAUUAUUGUUAGUAAUAUAUAGAUUGGUUUGUGAGUAAUAAUGACUUCUCUUUAUAUUUAGUAAAUACAUGUGGCUAUUCAAAUAUUCUAUUUUUGGAAAAUUUUUCAAAAAUUGAUAAUUCCCUUAUUUCUAAGACAUUUCAACUUGAACCUCAUUAUUAAAUCACGAUUUCUUUCAAAUUUUGA